AUAAUGACCCAGUAAAACGUGAGUUCUGGUGCACCUUAACAACCCCAACAAGAGAGAGAAGAAACUAGUUCACUUCCUCCUCAACUUGUCAUCAACUCCUUGCAAUCUUUUGCAAUAAUUAAUCAAUAAUGUAACCAGGAUAAUUGACAACUGCCACCAUACAAUGGAAGGAGAGAGUGGGACAAGUGUGGAGGUGUUGGAGGAGGUGUUCCUAGAGACAGCAAUAGAAGGUGCCCCAUACACUGACAAUGGCUCCAUCUAUAACUUGAAUACUGUUUUGGAGGAUCUGAAUAAUCCUGACCUGGGGUACCUGGUACUUUCCCUGCUAGUGGCUAUAUCCUGGUCAAUCUACAUCAUUCUCUUCAAUUCAAGGGUUCAGGGAAGCAUUUUGACUGCCAUCCUCCGCAGAUUUGUGAAAAGCGGUGAUCUAACAAUUGGUUCAUUUUCCUUGUCUGUGCUGUCAGGCAAGAUUAUGUUUCGUAAUGUUGUAUAUGUGACAGAAGAUUACAGCCUUCGCAUUGUUGAUGGAAUCCUCAAGUUUAGAUACUGGCUGCCCUAUGUGAAGCGGGAGCUCUCAGAAGAUAUGUCACACUGUGAUCAUAGAGUGUGGCUUGAACUUAAUGGGCCAGAACUUCAUAUCUACAAUCGGUCACAUUUGUACAGCAGAUUAGAAAAGUCAUUUGGACUGGAAAGUCAGCUUGGGGUCAUGAGUAAGACUGGCAAGAAUGAGGAUGAAGUAACCACUGAAAAUAUGCAUAAUCAGAAUCACGACAUGAGCUUCUGGCAGGAUUGGAGAGACCUUAUUCCUGUCAUAAAGAUCGACCUUAAUAUGGCCAGGUUUGUAUUUGGCAACCGUCUGGUGGCAUCGACGCUGUUGCUGACAACUGACAAAGCAGAGUGCAGCUACACAACCAAGCCAGCAGCCUGCUCACUCGACCACUUCAUGCAGGUCCUCACAACUAAGGCAGAGAACUUUCGGGUCAUCCUUGCCCCAAGUCCAAAAUAUACGGGUGUUUUGGAUGAGCCGCCACGGUAUAUGGGGGAAGGUUUUGUGGUGAUGUCAUCAAAUCUAGUGCACUUCUAUUAUUAUGUGGAUGAGCCAGGUCCAGUGCCAGAGCAUCCUCAGACAAUGCGACUCCCAAAUGGCGACGAAGUGACUGCUUCAGCCCCUGUGUGGGGUCUAGACAUUAAGUGUGCAAAGGGCACCAACCUCAGCUAUGGUCCCUGGGCUGACCGCCAGAGAGAGCAGCUCUUUCGCUUCUUUUUCCCACAAGAUUAUCAGACAGCAAAGAUGCCAAAUGCCCCGGUUCCUGGAGAAUUGCGGCAAGUUCAGCAGUUUGACCUGCGCCUCAGCAUACUAACUGAAGCCACAAUUGAUAUUCUUUUCUCUAAGGAGAAAGAAACUAAUGCUGUGCACAUGAAUGUUCAAAGAGGUUCCUACUUUGAGAUGACACUUCCUUGGACAAUUCACGAGGAUGGUUAUGUUACCAAGAUAAGAGGUCAGCUGUUCCAUGUGGAUGCAUCUACCAGUCUGCAGUACCGUAGCCUGCUCGAAGCCGAGACCCUGGACUACGGGGUGAGCAUCCGCUAUCCUCGUGUGUGGAACCACCACCAGACUUGGAAUAUGCAGUUGAGCAGUAGCAAAGCAACUUACCACUUCCUCUAUGCACAUAAAGAAUUCUUUCAAGAUUUAAUUGAAGACUGGUCUACACGUGUGCCCCCUGACUUGCUCCACUUUGUGCCAUACUCUUGGAAUUUUGUCCUUAAACUUCAACAGUUCGAGCUUGUUACUCUUGCUAAUGGAUACAACUGGGUGGAUUGUUCCUCACAACAUCAAGCCAACGCACAUGUUGCCUUUUGUGGGGAGCUGUUUGAACUGAAAUUCUGUCUACCAUUCGUUGACUUUCUGCCUGAGACGGUCCUUCUCAAGUUUGCAAUUUUGGCUGAAGCUGUAGACCUCAGUCUCUAUCUUCCACCGUCCAACACUUCACGCAACAUCAUCACAGCUCUGGAUCGAAAUGCCAAAUUGGUAGACAAAGAAAACAGACCUAAGCAACUAUUUUCUAAUGAUAAAUGGAGGAAAUUCUGCAAACUCAGUGCUGGGUGGGUGGACUGUUGGCAAGUGCCAGAGCUGAGGCUGGACAUAGGCUACACUUACCAUCCAGUGCCUCCCCUAGGACCCUCACCUCAGGCUAAUGUUUCCACUCCAGAGAAGGAGGAGCUGCUGCUCUCUCCCAUCAGGGCUCCUCAUCGCAAGAAGUCUCCCAUGGAGAUUAUAAAGAACAUUACUCCUGAGCAGUUUGAUCCAACAUCAAUGACACCAGACUGUUUCAGUGUUGAUCUUCAUAUUACUCAACCAUCCGAGAUCAAAUUAUAUGGAUCUAUUCUCCGUCAGUUCAUACAUCUCAAGGAAAAUAUUUUUGGUGAAGAUCAGAAGUUCACUGAUAUGAACCAGACACAUAUAGAGGAAGACGCUCCAGCUGAGCUGAGUCAACACGAGGAAUCCAAAUCCAACAGUCUGGUCGAAGAAAAGAAGCCAGAGUUUGACUGUCGCAAAUAUCGCCAGUUUAGGGUCACUGUUAAUAUUGAUAUAAGAAAUGUUCUUGGUCACCUGGUUAAGGACUGUACUGAGAAUGAUCCAGCAUGUCCAACAGUAGCACUGGACCGGCUGGUAUUUGAGAUGGAUAAGAGGUACAUGGAGACAAUGCUACAGGUAGUGGUGUCACCUCUCAUCCUCAUCACUUCUGACACCAGCCACUCCAGACCGCCAGCUCAUCAGCACCUUCAAACUGGGUUUCUUAUGUUAUCUGGCUUGCAGAUGCGGGGUCACGCCAUGUUCAGUUCUGAGGAACGUAACCUGGAUGAGGAGACUCUUGAGUAUGCUUGGCUCGUUGAGUUAACCAUCGGUACUCUGAGUGGCAAACUUACAACACCACAGCUACAAAAUGUAAUAACAUCACUGGAAGCUUUUAUAUUCACUGUUGAAGACUUGGAGAACAGUCUGAGACAUCCACGACCACACAUGUUCUGUUACCAUGGCACUCCACAGCCACAGUGCCCUCACACUGUCGCCGAGCACUUCUGCCCUACAACCGACGUCAUAAAGUACAAGAUGGUACGAACUUCUGUUGAUGGCCUCUGUCUUAACCUUGUGGAAAGUGGCACCAUCCUUAGCAUUGAAAUCUACCCAAUCCGAGUGGCAACAUGUAACCUUCAUGGCCAGCACACAAGGUCUGGUAUCACCGCCCAUAUUCAGAACAUCAAUGCAAGAAAUUAUAUAUGUGCCCAAGAUGGACUCAAGGAGGGCGCUGGCCGAGGAGAGGCAGCGUCUAUGUGUGGCACAUCGGCAAGUGGUGCUGGCUGCCCAGGGUUAACAGAUGUGUACUCUGAUGACGUAUGGUUGGAGGCAGCAGCAAUUACACUUGGCCCUGUGUAUGUGGAUGCUGCCACCAGCAUGGAUGUUCUUCACCAUGACAUGCAACUCAUACAACACAAGUUUUUGAAGUUACAUGAUGAGAAGACAAAGAGGCUAUGGUUUCUGUGGCCACAAGAAGCCACGAAGGUGCCAUCACAUGUAUUUGGAAAGUGUGGCUGUGUUGGUGGCUGUGCCUUUUUUGGUAACAACAGGAAUGGCUUAACAUUCUUCAAACCUAGCAAACAAGAUUUUUACUCUGGUGUCAAUGUUGCUCACCUCAGAGUAAAUGAAUCGAUGGAAGGUCCAGGUUAUGGCCAGAGUAUCUUACAAGAUGAUCAGUUGGUGUUCAAGGCCGGGGCUUAUUGCGAUCUUUCUCACACCCAUUAUGAUGCAAAUACUGGAACCAGCAAAGACCAGUAUACUUUAAGUUCAGGAUAUGUUAAAAGUGCAUCUCCAGCCACUCCAGCAGAUGUACAUGCAUCACGGGGAAGCAGCUCACUCCACCACACCUCUGACACACAUGCUGCUGAGAGACUCAAUCCCCGUCACAGCUAUCAUAGAGAAGUGUCAGUUACAAGUCACGACUCCAACCCUCAUGUAACAGAAGUAGAGUCCAAGGGAUCUGGAGGUCCUGGGGACUCGAGCACUCUUCGUGCCACAAGUAAAGAUGUUGUGUUGGGGGUUCCAGGAGCAGCAGAGGGACUCGCCACACCUGGUAGCCUGUCUGAUCUGCGACGAUCUGCUGACAAUGUAAAUUCUAGUCGACAGAGUAAGAUGCCAUCUAGUCUAUCAUUGCAAACAGAGCUACCGCUCCAUGCUGCUAGUGGACACAAGCUUUCUGUAAGUGGGAUGAGAGAGUCCAAUUCAAGACAGUCUCUGGCUAGUCAACACAGUCUGUUGGCCAGUGUACAAAGAACUGUUUCUGUUGGCAGUGAGACUCAGUCUGAGGCCUUCUUCUCUGCUGAUGAGGACCAGAUGACAAUUGUUGGCAAUGGGGAAGGCACGUUGUCACGGGUGUCCUCGCAGCUGAGUCUUCCUACAGUGCCAGAGGACCAGCAGCAACCACAGUCUCUCACUGAUUGUCACUCAAGUGAGACAUCCACACCACCCACUCCUCACCAUGACUCAGCUAUGCUCACUAUAAAUUCAAAUGGUCAUUACAGUGUUGAAGAGGGCCAUAAAUGCCAGUCGAUCUCUUGUAGUAGGAACAGACACAAUAGUUCCAAAAGUAUGAGCAACAAGAGCAGCAGCUGCAGCAGUAGUGGACAAAGUCCAUGUCUUGACCAUAGCCAAGCAUCACUCAUACAUUCAGUUGGUUCAGAGUCUUGGAGAGCAUGGGAGAGUGAUCGUCCACCAAGAUCAUUGAAGAAAGCAGACAGGAUCCAGGCCUCUUUGGACUGUAGUGGAGACAGCAGCUCAGAGGUGGGAAGUGUCUCCAGCACCUCAUUUAUAUCAGCAGUAUCAUCCCAGGAGGACAUUGCCCUGGUAGACCUACACAUGCAGCUUAAUAAGCCUAUCACUGAGUCACCUCUGCUCAUGUCUUCGUACAUCAACCAUAUGACUCAGCUUCGAUGCCUCAACUGGGAUGCCCCAAUGCCAAGCUUCCAGUCCAGUACCAGCCAACCCUCUGAAUGCUAUACUCCUGUCUUUGAGAAGAUUAGUGAAGGAUUCACUGCUAUACGAAUGGUGGAAGGCGGAAGGCAUGGCCCAUCACGGUCGCCUCCCCCAGUAUCUGGUCGCACCCCAUCUCACCCUUAUACCUGGGACACUCCCAUAUUCACUUGGGGAGACAUACAAGAGGAUCAGAGUCAUGAAGACCUGCAGGAUGUUGUGGGUGGGAUGUGUGAGCCCAACACCACCCGCACCACAGUCGUCAUCAAACUCAAGAAAGAUGUGGACAUUAUGUUAUCACCUAUGGCACUGGAAUCAGCACAGCUCUUCCUUGAGGCAUUGACUCCAGUCUUAGAAAGUCUUCAUCCAUUGUCUAUCAUCAACCACGCCCACAUGAGGUCUCUGUCUGCUGUUGCUGGCCAGAAUACUCUGAAGAAGAAGCGUUACAUGUAUUGGUCACGCCUACGGGAUAAAAUGGCUGGUACACCAGAACAGUCAGCAGUGCUCAGCACAACGUAUCAGGAGAGUUGCUUCCAGCAGAUGCAGGGCCAAGUCACAGUACCCAGGAUAAAUGUAACCUUACUCCAAGCAUCAGUAGUAGAAGAAGUUAUUUCCUUUUCUGCUCUUGAUAAUAUCCGAGACCUUACAUGUGUGUCCCUCAUCUCUGUGAGUUUGGACAGUGUCACUCUUCAAUUUUACUCUGGCCAUCAGUCAAAGAAGUCUGUGCAGAUGUACAUGAGGAACCCGCAUGAUCCUGUCAUGCAGAAGAAGAGCAAGUCCAAAGCCCGACAGACUGUGGACUUGUUGGCUGAGCCAGUGUAUAUUGAAACCUCAGAGCGACAGCAAGAGGAAAACAUGGUCUCUGUUGAUGUAAAUAAAGUGCAUGUGCAGCUACGACGCCUUAAGAAUGAGAGUGCACUUCUCAAGGAUGCAAGUGUUACAGCUAUACCCAACCACAGGUCUAAGGUGUUGUUCAGUUUUCGAAGAUGUGCUCGGGGAGACGACAGUGAGAAUGGUGGUGCCAGUGGAACUCCAGUCAUGGAGGAUGAUCGCAUGGGUUUCAUCAUGUUUGAAGCUGGCCUUGAAAAUGUUGCACUGAGAGCUGUGAAACGGAAAGGUUUUGGUCAGCAAACAGAGGGAGGUGGUAGACACGAUGGUAGUGCCCCAUGUGGAAACAAUGGUCCUGCAGCAUCUGCAGGCAGUGGGGCUGCUCCAAGCAGUAGUUCAGCUCCUGGUACAUCCACUACUGAACCCCAAAGAACAGGUCCUGAUUCCCGCCGUGAACUGUCUGACCGUCUUUGUUCUGCGUCCUUGUCUCAAGUUUCUAACAUAUCAAGUCAUUCAGGAGUGGAUCACUCUCUUUCAUCAGGCAAUGACAGCCUUAAAGACCUACCAGUAGUUCAGAUGAAGGGUGACAAGAGAGAUAUAACUUCCUUUGUGGUGGAGCUGAGAACUGUCUGGUUUAACUUUGCUGCUCCUCCACAUACUCCUAUUACCAAGAAAAUUGAUUAUACCAGACUGGACUGGAAUCUGCUCAGUACAGCAUCUCCCUCCAUCAAUGCCUGGAUGAACCCUAGUGAUCGGCUGACUGUGGCUGUCAUCCAGUUUCUCCAUGCUUCAGAGAGCCGCAGGCUGGGGGUCAUGGCAUCCUUGAUGGCUGAAGCAUUGGAUGUGCAGUCUCUCCAUGUUCCUGUUAAGAACAAGUAUGAGAAGUUGAUGCCUUUGAGCCAGACUCUUCAGGAGGAUCCAUCCUGCCAGCUGUGCACUGUGCUGCGUCGCUAUGUCCUGCAGUCUUCACCACGUACCAUUGAGGGCAACCUCCUCCCACCACAUCUUCCCAAACUUGCUACACUCAGACAGGGAGUAGUUGUGCUGAGUCGACAAUGGAAGAAUGCUCUCUACAUGCCCCUGCUGAUGGAACAAACAUUCAGGAACAAGCAGACACGACCCACCUACACAUAUAGAGCAAAUGCCGCUCCUGAGGGUCGCACAACUCCAAGAUUUGAUCCCAGCCUGAUGGCCGGAGAAGUGACAGAUGAAAAAACUACACUGCUGGAGGCUGAAGGAGGUUCCCUCAACUCUCAGCCAGGUCAUGAAUCAGAUGGCAGUGUUACAAAUGGUGGUGAGGAUGUGACUGAUGGUGUGAUGAGUUCAGAGUCAACACAGCUUCCUCCUCGUCGCUCCCUCCCAUCUUAUCCCCCAAGGUCAUCCAGGGCUUCUGUUAUCCUGCCAAGCUUCAAUACCAAUUUUGAAUCACCAGCAAGGUUUCAGUUUCCAAAAUUUGGUGCAAAUAUUGGUGGCCACUUAGCAUUUUUGCGUGGAGGUCAACCAUCUGGUGGCGGAGCAGCUGGUGGUGUAGCAGCCCGGGAUAAUCAUAGUGGUGGUAGCAAAAGUUCUGGCUCAGACAAUGUAUCAUCCUCUAGCUUAGAAGGUGGACGGGGGUCUGGCCUGGCAACUCCUGGACGACCUCCUACUGUUACCUGUGAAAAAGACCAUGAAAAUUUAUACAAUUGGAUGGUACGUCAACAGGAGUAUGCACGCACCACAGAUGCUAACAGGCCUACGGUAACUUUUCCACAGCAGGAAGGUCUGAACCAUAAGACAGAAGGUGGCAGUGAACGUAGGGAAUACCAAUCAGCCAGAGACACCAACACUUUCCUUGAGCCUCCACAGAGUGCUCACUUUCUAGAAGCUCAUGUCAUCUUUGAACCUCUACUUUCAGCAAUUGGAGUCAUCACUCAGCAGGUGACAGGAGGAGCUCUUGACCAGCUGGGAUCCAAUGUGAGCAUCACAGGAAGUGUGGAGACUCUUAGAGUGGACAUCAUAGAGUCAGAGGCCUCCAAACAGAACCGCAAGAAGAGAAAGACUGGUCUGCAUCCAGGUAACACAGUCAGCACUUCUGGAGACAACUGUGAAGCUACUGGUAAAUUCUUCUUAGACAUUGGAAGUGAGGUUCCAGCCUUUCUUUGUGAGCAUGUUGGACUAGAAAUUGAUGUGAGCAAAGUGGCAGAUGACUCCAGAGAGUGGGUGAGCCAUCAACCAACGCUGUUUGUGUCACGUAGUGCACUAAAGCAACACACAUCAACCAUGGUUCACUUCUCCCUCAAUGUUAACUACAUUGCACAACAGUAUCAGAAUGUCAGCAAAACAUUCUAUGGAAUAUGUAUAACCUUUGAAGGCCCAGACCUCAGCUCUGAAAUGUCACAGUCCAAGAAUCCUCCCCCUCCCCAAAAGGAAAGUAUUAUUUCUUGUGAAGUUGCCAGUUAUGAAUUAACAGAUCACCACAUUGCAGAGUUGCAUGAGGGUGAAUAUAAGGGCAAUGAGUACAGCCUGAGUAUCAGCGAGGAACAGGCGACAGUUUCAUCCCUUACAGGCAUCAAAGGUCCCCGGGGCUCUGUUGUUUCAUCUCUGUCCGCUCGCAUCUCUCCGCCGCCCAUCACCUCUAGAGUUGCUCGACCACAGAGCUUUGCUCAGAGACUCAGAUCCUCAACUAAGAUGAGUAAAGGCUACACAAACCUUGGAACAGAGCGAGGCACUGGUAGUCCUCUGUUCAGCAUCAGUGUGAGUGGUUCUGGACUCGAGGGAGCCACUAUUUGCUCAUCUGACAAGUCUCCAUUGCUGGGUCCUCCUGAAACUGCCACACCCCCAGCUAAUGUAACUGCCACACCCAAGUGCUGGCGUAAUAUUUAUUACCUCCUGGACCUAUACACCACAACUCCUGAGACUAAGACAGUUCAACAAAGAUCAUCAGUAACUGGUGAUGCCUCAGAAGGAUACAAAGGCAGUCGUAAAUAUGAUAUUCUCAAGGAAAGUAAGCCUGAUAUUGAAGCUGGUCCAAUGCCCACUGUGUCUUCACCUCCGGUAGUGGCUGACAAAACUAAGGAACUUGGUUUGAUUUCUGGAGAGAGAACACCAUUUGUCGUAUUUGGCCUUGCUAAAAUUCAUCGAACAAAACUGCUUGCAACACUAAGUGGACUCAAACUGGAAGCAGAAAUGAAUGCUGUUCAUUCUUCACUGACUUUUAGAGAGAAAGUUCGUGGAGCUAGAACCCCAGUUCGAGCCACCCAGCGUACAACUUCAGAACUCUCUCAUACAGGUCACAUUGGAAACACCAUGAUAGUUCUUCUUGAAGGCAUUGCUCCAAACCAACAGACAGUAGUGCGGGUAACCAUUGGAAAGAGUCAAGGACUUUACUCCAGUCUCUCUCGCAAGACCAAAGAUAAGAACUCAGCACUUAUCACCAUUGGAGAUGUUCAUGUUGACAUUCCCCAGCACCCUGUCAUUCUUCACGACAUGAUGACUCGAGGCAGCAAGCAGCUCUCCUCAACACUUAUGGAGUUGCGUGUUGCACGUCCAAGUGCAAGAUUGAGCCGGGGAGCAACUGUUGAUGAACCAGAUGUAACAGCCUCACCACGGCCCCCUCAAGAACCUCCAGGACCACAUGAACCCAUCCCUCCAGAUGCUCUGCUCAACCCACUAGUCAUUCAGUUCUCUAUCCUAUUGCAGAGUUUGAGCAUCCAAGCUGCUCUCCUACCUUCACUGCAAGCCCAGUACCGCAUGGAGCAGGUGUCUAGCUUAGGAAUCACUGGAGCCAAGGCCAAGUUUACUGUACAUCUGCCAACACAUCACCUCUCCUUCUCCACCAGACUGCAAGACCUGCCAAUUGAGACGCACCUUCCCUCAUCGGCCAGCAUCCAGUUGCCUCAAGUACAUGUUGAGGCAGAAUUAAUUCAAGAUGACCCUGGCCGCACUGAUCAACAUGCAGCAGCUGAUGGUAUGGUCCUGCGUGAGGGGAACUACCUGAGUGCCGUGGCAGAGAUCGGUGCACUGGAACAUAGCUUAACCACUGACCUGCUCAACCACCUUGUCUUUGUCCAGAAAGUCUUCAUGAAAGAAGUCAAUGAAGUUGUGCAGAAAAUGGCAGGAGGAGACAAACCUGUACCACUAUGGACAGAGGAGGGACCUAGUCAUGUCUCUCAGCCUCAGCGACUUCUCUUUACACUUCAGCUUCGACUUAAGGGAAUUAUCAUCACAGCAACAACACCUACGCAGUCAGCUGUGAGGCUGGAAACUGGCAUUGUGGAGCUGCAACUUAGCAAUCGUGUGGAGAACAUUAGCCGGCCAAGCCGUACUUCCUCUGAUCCUACUCAGCCCAUGAAAAUAUUUGGCAAAGCACAGGUGGAUAUCAAUGUGGCCCUUGGACAGCUCAUCAGGAAUGACAUGUUUGAGGAAGCAGAGCCAGAGUUUCAGCAGUUGGCAUUCUUCCGAACAAGAAUAUGUUUGCGCAAUGCUUUAUACAAUGAGAUGUUGAGUGUUGGUGAUGAUGGGGAGGUGGUGCUUAUCACACUAACACGACCACUGGUGUGCGUUCAACCACUCGCAGUAGACCGAGCUGUUCUCGUGUGGCUUAAUUACAAAAAUGCUUAUGAGUAUUGGAGUGAACAGCGUGCAUCUCUGAACAAGGAGGUACUAACAGCCACACAACAAGUUUUUGAAAAGGUUCCCCAAUUUUCUUUCUCCUCACUCAUGUCUUCUGCACUGCGUAUACAUAGCAACUGCUACUCAACUUGCGACAGUAGAUUGAAUACUGUAAGCCAUCAGGUAGAUUCAACAGAGACACGUGAUGCUCUGGUGGUAACAUUGGAGAGCACCAUCAUUUCUGCAUGUAACUCUGGCUCACUGGUGUGUAAAGCUCGCUUCAAGGGAUUCUGCAUGCGCUUUGCUCCCGAGUUUGAGACAAGCUUGGAUGACUGGAAACCUGAUUUUAAGGAUACGACCAUCAAUUUGUGCACAGUUUCUGAGGGAACAUACGAGGUUUGCAGUCGCACUGUUGCUGGACACUCUGAAAAGGCAGAAAAUGCUAAAUGGCUGCUGAAUGUCCAGUGGCAAAUGGAAGGAGUUGACCUACACUUGGAUGUAAACAUUGGCAAGCAUUUGAGCGCACUGGCUCGUACACUAACCAUGCUCACCGGUGCUCCUGACACUGCUGGGCCUCAAGCCAAUUAUGAUUCAGAUGAUGACGUUGACCACAUUGAUCCUGCUACAUCCCAGCAAGAAUCAUCUGCUCUGCGGAGACAAUUUACGUUCAAUGAGAGCCUCCCAGCCUUCAUAUUUGACCCCAGUUUGGAUGCUAGACAGAGAGCCAAGCUCCUGGAAAUUGAAAUGAAUGAACAAGCCAAAACAGUAAAUGAUCUUAAAAUGCUGGGAGCCUCUGCAUCUACCAUAGAACAAGAAAUGCGGCGACUACAGGAGCUGGAAGCAGUAGUAUUCCACGAUUUCCGGCGGGACGUGAUAAAGAAACUCCGUCGUCAGAGUGUGAAGGCAACAUCCAUGAAGGACAGGCUGGGCCUGGGACCCAAACCUCAUUUGAGGUCCAAGAGCUUCAGAGUUCCCUCACCCACUAUUGAAGUAAAAGAACCGGCAGUGAGCUGUGGAAGUCGGGGCAGUAUUGACCAGGCAUCCAUAAGUGUAGACAGCUCUCCAUGCCACACUGCCAAUGAUGCCACAGCUCAGAAGGUCAAGUUUGUGGAUGGAUCAUCUCAAGGCCGGCACCUGUCCUUCACCAGCGGGUCAUCAGACUCCUACCCAACAGAUGACAUUGACAAUGGCGAUGUGUUCUUGUCCUCACCAGGACAUGCACGAACUAUUACUCCUACUAAUGUGUCUGACACAGAGACAGAUACUAUUACCAUCACUAACUUCAGCAGUGACAACAUAAGAAGUGCAGUGAACAAGAGUGUCAGAGGAUUGACAGGCUUGGUGAAUGUCCUAGACAGUGACAAAACUCAUAGUUAUGUUGAUGGCAGUUACUUCAAAGAUGAUGGCACACAGGGUGGUGGCAGUGGCAGUACCCCUGGCACAGCAACAGCACCACUCUCUGGCCACUCUAGCACUCAUAGCUCAGGUCCCAUCACUCCAGGUGGUGGACAUGGCUCAAGUAGCUCAGGCACAGUCAAGCCCCUUGACCCUAGCAUUGACUUGGAGCUGGAUGUGAGAGUGUGUAUCAGCUCUGGCAUGUGUAACCUAUAUACCAAGUGUGUGUCUAGGGAAGAGGAGAAGAGGAUGAAAAAGGAACGAAGUUUUUCUGGGGGUAUAUCAGAAACCCCCAGUAGUCCAGGCUCGCUUCGUAAAAAAAAUGAAGCGCGCACCAAUAUAUCAACUGGUAAACUACGAGCACCACCACCACCUUCACUGUCUGUGUCAGCUGAUACUGUGUUCUAUAUCCCUGGUCUUGAUGUAAAGGUCCACUAUGAGUCACACAAUAUUCACGAAGAAACUCCAGUUGGGAGUGGUGGUGGUGGGUUUGGCAGCAGCAAUGCAGGUGUGCAGCAGGAGGGAUCCGGCUGGUCACCUGCCGGCACAACAGGAGGCAGCGGUAGUCUAGGUGGCAGCAGUUCUCGCAAGAGUGGCAUCGGCAGUGGAGGUAUCAAGCGUGCCUCGCUCUUCACUUGGCUAACCUUACAGAGCAUUCAGAAAGAGACCACAGUGAGCCCUAACUUUUUGGAGUUCCGGGAGUUAGCUCUGGAACCUCUGCCUGUACCUGAGCCCCAAAACAAGUCUCCUGCUGCCUCUCAAGGUUCUCAUGCCAGCCGUCUCCGCAGCUCCGAUUUGGCAACCUCGCCUCUGGCAGCACUCACAGACAGUGAACGGAAGGACUCUCUCAGUGUCAUGGUGGAAUUUGUUAAGUUUCACAUCUCUAGGUCACGUAAAAUCAACUUUAAACCAGAACUGAGCACAAAACUGAAAACCUCCAAUAUUGCAGACUCAGCUAAAGCCAUCAUAAGGUUCUCCACCAUUGUGGACAUAGGAGCUGCACACUUCAAAUAUGACAUGCGAAGACUGACAGAAAUUCUAGCCUUUCCCCGAGCCUGGUACAGGCGAUCAAUUGUGAGGCGACUGUUUUUAGGAGACUUCACAGGUGGUGCCAUGUCAAGUGAGUGGGAUGAAGUGAGUCCUGCAGCUUCCUCAGGAGAGUCCCCUCCCAGUCACAAUAUAUCAACCAAGCGUCACUCCUCAAGUUCAGUAGAGGGUAUUGACACCAGUCGGCGGGAGAAUGGCAGCAUUGAUAGCAGUGGCAGUCGGUCAACACCUACCACAUCACAGCCUUUAGGUACUGCUGGUGCUGGCAGUCGGGCACGCGAUAAACUCCGACUUAAUUUUGAUUCUGGCGUCAAUAUCAGGAAAAGUCCAAAACUAGCAGGCAGGAAAACAGAGGGUAUCAGCGAAGAGGAAAUUGAUGGCUUUAGUUUACCUGGCGGCUCACUAGAUGCAGCUGAAACUUCUGCUUGUGGUACAGCAAGUGAAACAGAGAUAGCAGGGACCACUCAAGCCACAAACAAGGCUGGCUCAUGGGAAACUCUGGUGCUCUUUGCUGUCAACUUCACUCGUCUCAGCGUGCAGAUGAACAUGGGCAACGUGAUGGGCAAUGUUGUUUGGACAACCAAAGACUUCAAGGCCAAUGGGAGACUAUCAAUUGGAAGCACAGGUCACAAGAACAUGUACAUUGGUCUUGGUCUGGGAGGGUCUGGUCUUGAUGCCAAGGGAGGCAUUGUGGGUGGCACCAUUGAACUUUCAGAAAUAAACAUGUAUUUAAAAAUUCAUGAAGACCCAGGCACUGAGCCAGACCACACUAUUGGAGUGAAAUUAUUUGCAUCACAGUCACGCCUAGACUACAUGGGAACAAGUGUUCUAAUGGGCAGGGUGUCAUCCUUCGGUGUUACAUUGCGAGACGAGUGGAAACUUAAGCAGUGUGCCGACAGUGAUGAAGAUACUACACGCAGAGGUGCUACUAUAUUCAUCCUGGGAGACCUAGAGUGGGACCAACUGCAACUCAUCAUCAGCAAGUCCACUACUGCUGACCUUCUUAAGAUGCAUCACAAGCUUGAUGAGUUCUUCUCGCAGCAAUUCAAAUCGAGUAAGAGGGUCUUCUCUUCCCUCCAGCCCACCAGGCAUAAAUCUUCUGUCAAACAAAGACCCAAAGAUGGAAACCGCAAACUGGCUAGUGUCUUGGGUGUUGCAUCAGGCCAGGAUGCUCGUCACCACCGUCACUGGCAGGGUGUACUGUACCGUGUGUCUGGGCUGCGGCUCACCACUCUGCCACUGCCCCUGCCAGACUCAGGAACUGUCUUGGGUGGUUCACUGGAGCUUCAUGGCAAAACCAUAUCUCUGGCAUGUUUCCAUGGUGUGAAUUUCAGAAGUAAAUCCUGGGCACUGUUCAGUCUUCAGGAACCAUACAUUAACUUCACCUCAGAAGUACAAGAAGUGCCAGGAGACCCUCCACGUGACACACACAUUGUGCAGAACCUGACCUUCAGCUUGGGAGUGAUGGAGCAGACUCAUGCACAACAUGUCUCUAUGGCCACUGUCUGCAGGAUCACCAGGAACAUGGUCUUUCCUCCACAGUUCCGCACAAUACAAGAAUGGUUUCACUAUGCCUUUUGUACCUCUGAACUUGAUAAUGUGGACCGAUUUCCAUCCUUGGAUCGCAGUGACAGCUUACCAUCAUCAGAUGGCAAGCGGACAUCAACACGCUUGCAGGACCACAACCACUCUUCAGAAACUAUCUUUGCCUUACCUUCUAUGCAGAUUCAUCUGAACACCAAACAUCUACAGACAGCAAAUACACCAGACUUCAUGGAUGACAAGCCAAAAGUGGAGUGUUCACUUGUGACAGAAUUCCAGGAUCACAUAUUUGUUGCAGUUGAUGCUGAGAAUUUCUUCUUCCUUCAUGAUCUGAUUGCUUCCUAUGUGAAGGACACAAAGGAGAAGAUGGCCAGGAAAACAAAAGGGGCUGGUGCUGAUAAUGAGAAUAAUAAAGAAAGUGGAGAUAAGAAACCCAAGGUGGUCCGGGUCAAUGAACCAACACAGUUGCUUCAACAAGAUUAUCGAGAAUUCACUUGCCCCACCUGGCAUUUGGAACCGACUGUAAGGCUUUUGUCUUGGGCUACCAAGAAUUUAGAGCCAUAUGGUGUGGACUAUAUUCUCCAGAAGCUUGGGUUCAGUCAUGCUAGAACUACAAUUCCAAAAUGGCUUCAACGAGGAUGUAUGGACCCUUUAGACAAGGUUUUGUCCUUGCUGAUGUUUCGUAUGAUAGCUGCCAUAUAUGACCAUGACAGUGCCAAUAGGUAAUAGAUAGAUUUUACAUAAGUGACAAAUAUGGAGAAUGUGCUAUUUACUGAAGAUUUAGAAAACAUUUCUGGAGGAUCUUAAGGCUAAGUCACCUGCUGCAUUGCCUAAGCUCAAGCCCUCAAACUUAGUCAAUUGUAAGCAUUGUAGUGAAAAAUGUUUAAGCAAAGAUAUCUGAAUAGGCCUUUUAGUGUUGGUUGGUGUUAAGAAAUAUGAUACAUUGGGCAUACAGUAUAUUAUUGUACUCUAUUUCCAGGUUUAGAUAAAUGUUGAGAGGCUGCACAGAAGUGUCAAUGUUGCUAGGAAAGUAAUUACUAAAAUGUGGGAAUUCAGUGCUGUUGUUUUAUUAGUUUAUGUGCUCUUUAAUAUAUAAAUACCAAAGCAGGUCAACAAAGUAUAUAGUGUAGCUUGCCUACCUAUGACAUAUUUCUAGUCAAUCUGAUAAUAUUUAUAGAAAUUAGAUUGAAUUAUAAUAUAAGAAUUGUUUUAGAAAACAUUUCAGGUAUGUAAACCUAUUUCUAAUGUCUGUGCCAUAUGUGUAACAUUGUUGCAGGUAUAAUCAUACCUCUAGAUCUGUAGUACAAGAAAAAUAUUCAUCAGAGGGGAGAUUGUUUAAUGGGAUCAACAUUGACUUGUACCUCCAGAGAGAUGAAUAUUUUCUUUAGAUCACCUUGAAUAGGAGGAUAUUGGCAAAGAGGUAAUAUUUUCUUUUAGACAGUCUGUUUUAUAGGUAAGCAAGAACAUAAGUAUAUGGUCACAUUAAUGUAAUGAACCAGUUGUACUGGUAAGUUUAUUUUUUAAAAAUUUUCCUUUACCAUAAAACAUGCCUUAUAUAUUUUGACACAUUUCAGGUCUACAGUUUUUUAAAUGUCAUGCUUUUUGCUGUGUCUUUUCAUUUUAAAUAAUGAGAGUAUAUAGUGUUUUUUUAAUUUUCUGUAAACUGCAUUAAGAGAAACUUUAUACAGAGGAGCUCCAUUAAGAAUUGUCAAAUAUUUUACUUGUCAUUCCAUUGUUUUGUAACCAUUAUUAUUUAAAUAAAUGCAUUUUCAAAGUUAUAUUUAUAAUAAAAAUAUUUUUAAUUUUUAUCAAAGUUUGGUGUAAACUCAUGGCUAGACAGAAUGAGUCCAAGUUCUGACUGGACAAGCUUCCCUCUUAUGGCCAGACAGGUUGAUAAUAGGCAUCCAGCUUGUAUCUAGAUGGGCUGAGAGUGAGCAACCAGCUGAAGAGGCCUACGAGUGCCAAAUACUUUUAAUGAUACAUAUUGGUAUAUCGUGAAAAUUAUAUUGAGUAGCAUAAAGAUUUUAAAUAGACAGUCUUUAUAAACGGUAAUAUAACUUCAUUUAAAAAAAACAAGCAUUUAUAUAUUUUAAAUUACAGUCCCCCAUCCCUGUGGGCCAGCAUUGUUUGGAAUUUCAGAAUGAAGGUAUCUAGGACAGCACCCCAUAAUCAAAUAUUAACAGUGCAGCGAAAACAUAUGAAUACUCACUAAGUAGGAUAAUUAAGGACUACAAAUAGAGUAAUAUAUUGAUAAAUUAAAUUAUAGACCAGAACAUAAUUCUCAAGACUGUCCUUGUGGCUUAGCGCUUCUUUUUGAUUAUAAUAAUAAUCUCAAGACUGUCUUCUCUCUGAGUACCUUGUGGCUUAGCACUUUAUUAUUAUAAUCACAAAAAUUCUGAUUAAAUUCCCAUAAUGCAAUUCACCUUGUUCAAGGCCAGCAAUUGUUUGGGUACAUUUAUUCUUUUAGUAGGUUGGAUUUGUGAAGGACCUGCUAAGUAUGGGCCAGCUGCAGUGUUCCUCCUUUCUUAUUUUGAGUGGAACAGUCUGCCUAAUAUGGUUACUGAGGCAGGUUCAUUCUUUUAACAGUAUUUGCUAAACCGUUUUUAAUACUACUCAAGAAAUGAGCUUUGAUAAUUCUGUUUACUCAAAUGAGAAGGGUGGGACUUGCACAUGCGUGUUUAUCAAACCCAGGAAGUGGCACCUCCGAAGAAAAUUUCAAUUUUUAAAACUUUUCCAAUUCCAGAUAAAGGGAUGGGGACUAUUAAUAAAAAGAAAAGUGCUAAACACACAUGGGUCAACCUUUUAAUAUAAUGGCCAAUUGAGAACUAGUCCACUUUUAACUAUUAUAUUAUUUCAGGCACUUUGCUACCUCUUUCCUACAUGAGAUGUUUAAUUUUUAUUAUAUAAUCUCUUGAUAAAUAAAGAAUACUGUUUCAGGUUAAAGUCUGUACAAUAGAAUAUAGUUUUUAAAGUUUCAAGGUCCAUUAAACAGGUUAGAUUGACAGUAAAAUAAAACUUACAAUAAUUCACUUUAUUAUUUAUGAGACAAUUACUGCACAGUUUUUGCUAUACAGAUGGUAAACAAUUAUAUAUUUUUAUUUUUUCAACAAGUCGGCCGUCUCCCACCGAGGCAGGGUGACCCAAAAAAGAAAGAAUAUCCCCAAAAAGAAAAUACUUUCAUCAUUCAACACUUUCACCUCACUCACACAUUAUCACUGUUUUUGCAGAGGUGCUCAGAAUACAACAGUUUAGAAGCAUAUACGUAUAAAGAUACACAGCAUAUCCCUCCAAACUGCCAAUAUCCCAAACCCCCUCCUUUAAAGUGCAGGCACUGUACUUCCCAUUUCCAGGACUCAAGUCCGACUAUAUGAAAAUAAAUAAUUUUUAUACCUUCAAGUAUAAAAUACAUUACAGAGGUACUGAGAAACUUAAAAGUCAUCUCUUGUAAAACUCCCCUAUAUAGUGCAAUUUUUUGUAAAUACAAAAGAAAAGUUCAUCCAAAAUUGAAUAGGUCUUCAAUCAUAUUAUAUAGAGUAGCUGUAUAAGAGACUUGACUAUGACAAAAAAAAAAAAUCCAAACAGUAACUCUCUUGCCAUUAUAUAACUAGUAUGCCUAGUCAAUUCUAU